UCUGCAGCAGAACCACUUGCUAAAACCAGAUGGGUUGGAUUAAUUUUCCUGGAAAUGUGGAGGGUACAUUUAAUCAGGAAGAAGAAAAGGGAGCUGAUCGACUCUACCCUCGGUACUACAAAAGCUUUGCUCAAGGAAUAAUGAGUGGAAACAGCAACUCUGAACCCGAUGAAGGAACAGGAGGAAGUUGGAGCUCUGCUCUCUGUGUGGCAGCAGCAGCUGUUUCUGGUUUCCUCUGGUGGCAGAAUCGUGAAGCCAAGAGGAAGAUUAAAGAGAUGGAAGUUAAGCUCCAGAGAAACACCGGCUACAUGCGAUGCAUUCAUAUUAUAUCGUUUCUCGAUGCACAAUAUCAAAAAGAAAAUCCAUCAGAAUACAAAGAAAAAUUAUUACUUGACAAUUAUGAAAUCAAGAAAACGUUAUUCCUGUUAUCAAAGCUGGAUAACUUGGAGGAUCUGCUGGUGGAAAGGCAGCAUCUCUACUGCAGCUACUUCACAUCCAAGAACCGCCGGGAGAUGCUGGAGAAGAAGAUGAGGGAGAGCGGCUUAAAUUAUUUUGGGAUACCAACAAAUCAAGACCUAAAUACGAUCUUCAGUGGAGAUCGUCACUGUGCUUCCUGUCUGUCGUACCUGUUGACUGGAGACAAACGAAAAAAUGGAGCCCUGAUGUGGAAGAUGCUGGAAGAGUGGAGGAAGAGAUUAAACGAAAAUGUCAAACAAGAUUCGAUUAAAAAAAUUUUAGAGGAUGAAACUUUUCAGCGCUGAUUAAGUCAUGAAGAAGAAGUUCAUCUUGCCAAAGCAGACGUCUACGUAAUAUAUCAGGUUGCCAGGAUCUCAAGAACCAAAGUUUUUAUUAUCUGAGUUAAUGUUCAAUUCUUCUUGCCUAUAGAGGAACAUUUUAUAGCCACUUAUUGACGGCUCAAAACCUCUAGUUCUGCUGUAUUAUUUACAAUUUAUUCCCUUCCUCUGUUUUUGCUCUUUGGUCAAACUUAGAUAUCUCAAAUAAUCAAACACAGUAAAUACAAAAAGCACUGAUGCUUUCAUUAAUUAGGAAGUUAGAGGCAACCAAAGCAACAUGGUGUAUGAAGUUAAACAUUUUAAUUCUUAGUAGUUUUUGAUAGA